AUGGCCCUCUUGUGGAUCAACUAUGCAUACAAAAACCCCGACAACCGCAUUUCAUACCACAUGGACGCUUUGACCGGUGGCUAUCUCGCCUUCGCCCAUGUUGCCCAAGAUCUGUCUUGCUGCAUCCACAAUGUCCAGUCAUGGGCAGCCUCUCAGCGGAAGAGCGAACUACUGUCCUAUCAUCAAACCUUCCUCAAUCAUCUAGAAUGCCGCCAACAUGAGCAGAUUGCAAAAAGUCAAGCGGCGAAAGCAAAGCGAGCCGCAAAGCAAGCCGAAGUCCAGGAACGCAGCAAGCAAAAAGCGGAGGCGAGCUUGGCGGCUUCCAAGACGAAUGCUGAGAAGAGAGCAGAACGACUUAGGUUUCGCAAUGAAAGGAAGAAUUAG